AUGGCUCUGCUCCAUCCCUUCACAAGCCUCAGCCUCCUCCUCGUCCUUGCAGUGCCCCUUUCCCGGGCUGCAAACCAGUCCAUGCUGCCUGCCGUCCCCCCCCUGCCCCUCCUGCAGGCCCUGCAACUGCAGGCACCCGGCAGCCGGGGCUGGCCAGCGGGACCAGCGAGCAGGCAGCCCCUGCGAUUCAUGCUGAACCUGUACCGGCAUGCAGCCGACCGGGAAGGGCGACCCCGCCGCGGCCACAGCCUGGGCACCAACACCAUCCGCCUGGUCCGGGCCAGUUCCCACGGGGGUCAGCCCUGGGCAGGUCGUUGGUACAUGCAGCCCCUCACCUACCGCCUGGAGGGUCAGCCCAAGGCUGAGCACCUCCUCCGAGCCACCGUGGUCUACCUGCCCAGCCUGCCACUGGCCCGUGGCCGCCUCCUCUGCGCCCUGGAGCUGGUGGCCACCAGCGAGUCACGCCGGACGCUGCUCAGCCCUGCCGCCCACCCCCGCCACGGCUGGGCCGAAGUGGAUGUCACCUCUUACGUGGUGUCAGGGAACAGCAGUGCAGGGAGCCUGGUGAUCCGACACGUCUGUGUGCGUGCUGGCCGGGCAGGGGGCCGCGAUGCCCCAGUGGCCCCCAGCCACCCCUUCCUCCUCCUCUACCUCAAUGACACCCAGGCUGGGCUGGCACCUCUGGCAGCAGAACCCCGCCGGCACCGGCGUGAUGCAGGGAUGCUGGCCCACGACCUCCCUGGCUAUCUGCGGGAGCAGGGAGGGGAGAAAAGCGACUGCUCCCUGCGCCCCUUCCCAGUCAGCUUCGCCCAGCUGGGUUGGGACCACUGGAUCAUCGCUCCCCACCGAUACAACCCGCGCUACUGCAAGGGCGCCUGUCCCCACCUGCUCCGCUAUGACUACCAUGCGCCCAACCACGCCGUGGUGCAGAGUUUCGUCCAUCAGCUGGUUGAUGCCAACGUGCCCCGGCCCUCCUGCGUCCCCUACCGCUACAGCCCCAUCAGCGUCCUCAUGAUCGAGCGUGACGGCGGCAUCCUCUACAAAGAGUAUGAGAACAUGAUUGCAGAGUCCUGCACCUGCCGGUAA